GUGAAGUGGUCACAAUGGCUUUGACAAUUUGUUACCUUAUAGUGAUGUGGGUUUCAAUUAUUCCACUACACCGUGCUGAUAAUUUAGAAUUGCUGCUUGGUACACUUCGAACACACCAAAAAGCAGCUUGUGACGAAGAGAUGGUGACUCUCAUAUGUCCAAGAGGAACUACUAUAAGCAUACAAGUAGCGCAAUAUGGAGCCUCAGCAUCGCAAACGUCCUGCGCUUCGGAACUGACUGAAUACCAGCCAGUUGCAGUUGAGGUUGUCGGAGACUCUUCAUGUACAUGGCCUAGUGCAUUGCAGUAUUCUUUGUUGCAGACGGUGGUGGAGGCGUGUCAAAAGAAGCGUCAGUGUAAAUUCCACACUAGUCCUAAGGCUUUCGGAGUAGACCCCUGCCCAGGAUCACGAAGAUUUGUUGAAGUAGCUUACAAGUGUCGUCCAUAUGAAUUUCGAAGUAAAGUGGGCUGCGAGAACGACGUGCUUCAUUUGAGCUGUAACCCACACUCCAGAGUAGCCAUAUAUUCAGCGCAGUACGGGCGGACGGAAUACGAUUCGAUACAAUGCCCGCAGCCGCGGGGAAUGAAAGAGGAAACAUGCUUGGAACCAUACGCAACGGAAACAGCGAUGAGGGAAUGUCACGGGAAACGGCGAUGUGUUCUAGCAGCAGACAGCAAAAUGUUUGGGAAACCAUGCAGGACGGGCAGUCGGACAUAUUUGAAAGUUGUUUACACAUGUGUGCCUCGAACGGUCCUAAAGGAGCGGUACGAGAGUGCUCCUGAAGAGGAUGAAGUUGCUCACGAUGCUUCCGAUCUUGAACACGACGACGUCGAUGAGUCAAACGAUCGAUGGUGGGGCGAAUCAGCAGUACCACCAGCUCCCGCGGUCGCUGCUGUACCACCUCAACGCCCUUCCUUAUCUACAAACGCUUCGAAUAGAGAAGAGCCGUCAGCUAUCCCACCGAAACAGCCACUUUCUAAUGAUGAUCAGUUCGACAUGAUGUACGUCUAUAUCAUCGCUGCAGCUGCGGGGGUGUGUAUAAUGUGCCUUAUAGUAGGUGUCGUUCGGUGUGUAAAGCACAAAAAUACUGCUGAGCAAGCCAAAGGCCCAGAUGUCUCCGCAUCAACCGAUAUCCCAAACGGCUUUAACGACAGCAUAUCGGAAGUCGAUAACGACAUUAACAUCACUAGUCUCUCGGGACCAGUCGACGCCGUGGACUCGUCUCUAAAGCAGGAAAUUCAAAUCACGAACAUGGUGACGAACUUGAGUCCAAAAAUUAAUCGAUACGUCGGUCGACCGGUGCCUAAUACAUACCCGCAUGUGAGUACAAACAUGUAUGGUCAGGUAGCCGAAUUCCCCGUUGAAAUGCCUCUUAGAACUAUGCCUCAUGGUACGCUAGGCCGCGGAGUUGCGGUUAAGACCCUACCUAGAAUUCAAAUGCAAACAGAAACGGACCCAAAUACGAGAAGUUUAUAUCGAUAUUCAAACGCCCAGUACUAUUUCGGGUGA